AUGGAUAAAAUCGAGAUUGCUACCAGGAAGGCUAACAAUUUGGGUACUUUAUGGGAUUUUAUUCUAAUAGAAUUUAAUCGUGGCUAUUUUCUAGAAAAUGACGAAAAAGAAUUUUCAGACAGAAGAGAAAAAGUUUAUACUUUGAUGAAAAUACCCUUAGAAGUAGAACGAUUCAUCUUCUAUGGCAUUUGUCAGUGUGCAGAUUCAUUCCUAUUUGUUUAUACAUUUUUACCAUUGCGAGUAUUUAUAGCAUUAAAAUCAUUAGUGUGUAGUACCUUAUCAAAGUUUAUGAACAAAAAUAAUAGAAAACAGUUAUCUAGUGCGGAGAUUUGCGACUUACUAAAGAUGGCUGUACUUAUAACAUGUUAUAUUAUGUUAGUACCGUUAGAUACAUCAAUGAUAUAUCAUUUAAUUAAAAGCCAGUCGGUUAUUAAGUUGUAUAUAUUUUUUAACAUGUUAGAGGUUGGAGACAAGUUAUUUUCAUCAUUUGGCCAAGACGUUUUAGAUGCAUUGUAUUGGACUGCUACUGAACCUAAGACUAGCCAGCGUAAACAUUUUGGUGUUUUACUACAUUUUAUUAUUGCUGUGUUAUAUGUCUUGUUACAUAGUAUAAUUGUAUUAUGCCAAGCUACCACAUUGAAUGUUGCUAUUAAUUCAAGGCGCAAGGCAUUACUACCAAUCAUGAUGUCCAAUAAUUUUGUAGAAUUUAAUGGAAGUGUGUUUAAAAAAUUUAAUAAAACAACCUUGUUCCAAUUAUCAUGCAAUGAUGUCCGCGAAAGAUUUAAUCUGUUCAUAUUAUUAUUAAUGGUUGUAGUGCAGACAAUCAAAGAAUAUCAAUGGAGUAGUGAAUCAUUUUGCGAGUUAAUGCUCAACUGUAUGUAUAUUAUGAUUUUGGAAAUAAUAAUUGAUUGGACGAAACAUGCAUUCAUCACAAGAUUUAAUGAAAUUGACUUGUCAGUAUACAAUGAAUAUGUAUUAAAAUUUGCCAAUGAUACUGUAAAAUCAUAUUAUCAAAAGGCGUUCAGUGAUAACUCGGAUUUAGUGGCAAGACGAAUGGGUUUUAUUCCAAUUCCACUUGGAGUAGUUAUAAUUAAGAUUCUAACUAGAUGUAUAUCUUUCGAUAAACUAUUAUUGUCCAUAAUAAUUUUAUUGUCUAUAUUUAUAUGUCUAUUUACAUUGAAAAUUGUUAAUCUUGUAUAUAUACUAGGAAGAGCUUCCGAGUUGAUAGACCUCCACAAAACUCCUUUAAUAAAAAAUAAUCACAUUAUAAAUGACAUAAGUUGUGAAGACAAAGAAAUUACUACAAUAAGAUCACAAAACAAUGAGAAAGAUAAAAACAAUAAACCUUCACUACUGGUUGAAGUGUCGCCAUUGGGACAUAUACCAAUUAUUGUGACUAGCAAUACGGAUAUACAGGAGUCGUGCCUUAAUACACAAGUAGUAGAAGACAUAAAUUCAGAUUUGUUAUACGGUGAUUCUGAUUUAAACUUAACUAGAUUAUUUACUUGA